CCACAUUAAGCGAUCAUUUUAAGGGCGAACCAAUCAAACUGCAAAUUCAUACAAAUUGAUACUAAACGGGUUAUAUUAAUUUUAUAACAAAAAUUAAGUGUGUAAAUAAGUUGAACGGAGUUGUAAUUAAAACUAAUUGGGUGUAAUAUAGCGCUAAUUAUUUUGUAUUAAGGCGGGUUUUCGCUGGAAUUUUGUCGUUUUGCGUGAGUUUUUUUGACUUUGAAAAUUUUUUUGAAAGUGCCGUGUUGGUUUGAAGUUUUUGGGAUCGGGGAGAGUGGUGACGGUUGGUGUGUGACAGAGUGGUGGGGCUGGUGGGGGAUGGUCGGCGGCGGGGGGGACGCGAUGGCGACAUAGGGGGCGGCCAGCAGGGGUGGCCGUUCGAGGCCAUGCUCAACAACCUCACGGCCACAGCUCUUGGAGGUCACAAAGAGCCGUGCCAGGAAGAGAAGCACGAUCUGAAGCCGGGCCUCGAGCGGCACCAUGCGCUCGGCGCUCGCCUGCACCUCGCGAACAUACGCCCCGACCUGCAAGGUGGCAUCCACCAGCAGCACAUGGCCACAGUGCCCGUCAGCAUGCCCUCCUCGGCCUCCGAUAGCGACAAGCCUGCCAAGCAGAAGAGGCAUCGGACAAGGUUCACGCCGGCGCAACUGAACGAGCUGGAGCGGUGCUUCUCCAAGACGCACUACCCCGACAUCUUCAUGCGCGAGGAGAUCGCCAUGCGCAUAGGACUCACGGAGAGCAGAGUACAGGUGUGGUUCCAGAACCGUCGAGCGAAAUGGAAGAAGCGCAAGAAGAGCACCAACGUGUUUAGGUCUCCAGGGUCCUUGUUACCAUCCCACGGUCUACCACCUUUCGGGGGAGAUGUCUGCAGUCCGGGGGUCUUCGGAGAUAGACCCUGGAGUAUGCCUGCAGGACUAGGCCAACUGUCACAGGGCGGUGUUUCCAUGGGUGGCUUCGGCACCGGCGUGGGCGGUCUACCGCAGCUCUCCGCGGACCUGAACCCGGCGCUGCCCAUCUCCUCCGUGGCUUCCAGCCAGCCUUACCAGCCGCACUACCCGCUCAACUCGCUGGGUGACACUAUGAUGUCGUACUGCAACAACAUCGGGCAGCAAGGCGGCGCGCUCGAGGGCUCCCCCACUCCCCCCCACAUGCACUGCGGGAACAACGCCUCGCCCACCGCUUCAGGAGCGGGCGGCGAGGGCGAGGAGGAGGUGUGGCGCGGGCACAGCAUCGCGGCGCUGCGCCGGCGCGCCUCCGAGCUGUCCGCCGCCAUCCCGCCCUACCUGCAGCUCAACUACGACGCCCACAGCCCCGUCUACUGACCCAGCUGUAGCAACAACUACAACUCGUGCUAGUGACCACACCGCUACACUUGCAGCGUCCAAGCCGUUCAGCUAAUAACCAUAAUCGUAUGUCAUGUCCGUCGCAUCCGAAAUGAUGAUCGUACUUACAACGACAUCGCUCCCACACCUCGCAGUUGGCGAUGAAGCUGUUAAUCUGUUCUUAGGUCUAUCGUGUUCUAGGUACAACAAGCAUGAAGACCAAAUCCCCACCUGAACCUCUUAAGAAUGUAAUGUAAUCGCUUGGGCAGACGGUCGAUGAUGACAGCCAGCUGUCCACCGAUGUAUAGCAAUAUUCGUACCUUAACCACGCUCCCUGUCUACUAAACGAUAAAAAUUAUGGCA